GCUCCUCCUGGCCUCAGUGCACGGCCACUUUAGUUUGUGUGCUAACUGCGAGCUUACGUUACCACACCGAAAACCGGCGACGUGGGAAACGCCACUGCAGCCGCUCUUUCCCCUUUUCUUCAGGACCUUUGCAGAAUGGCAUCUCUAAGCAGCGUCUGUUUCUUCUUGCCUGUUGCUUUCCAUCUACUACUGGUGACCAGCCCUGGUUCCACUGCUGCUGCUAGGAGGUGCGGCUCCAUCUACAAGGGCUUUGCCCACUGUCUGCUGGCCCUGGGAGACAGCCUAUCUGUCAGUAACCAGAAAGAAGAAGAAGACAUGCAAGAAAUCGACUCUAUCUGCAGGUCCUGGGAUGAUUUUCACGACUGUGCAAAUGUAGCCAUGGCUGGUUGCCCUGAAGAGGCAGCUGCUGUGUGGGAGUCCUUGAGAAAAGAGUCCAAAAAGAUGCAGUUUUCCGGUAACUUGUAUGAUAUGUGCUCUAACCGCGUCCAAUCAGUAACCACCACUGGGGCCCGGAACCCAGACAAAACCAAUCAGGAGUCUUUGAAAGGUCACGUCAGUCAUAUAAGCCCAGCCCACAGCAUCCUUCUUGCCUCUUGUUUGUGUUUACUUUUCAUGUAUCGAUGGAUAUAAGACAUGUCUUUCGGUUUAAAGAGACUUGCAGUAUGAAUGUCAAGGACAUACUGACAUGCUGACACCAACAUUUCUGUAAAAAUCACACAUUGUAGAUAUUAUGAAGCUUUGUUUUUCCAUCCUCCAGUCCAGCCUUUACCUAGCAUGAAACAUGUAGGCAGACACAGAUACAAACACAAGCGUGAUUUCAGAAGAGCAAGUGUUCCUUUGUCAGCGUGUUGAGAAUGCCCCUAAGAGAAGCAGGACGCAAGGAAUCGCGGUCGGAGUGGCCCAUUUCCCUGGACCCACUGUCCUGUGACCCAGCACCUGAGCUCAUAGACCAGACACCUGCAGCCCUCUCAACGCCACACUGCAUUGCCAACACUAUGGAAUGUUGUGUGGAGAAGUCAGAGCCCUCUGAAGAUGAAGUUAGGUAACCGCACAGCUUGAGGUGUGCGCCUGCGGGAGGACGGGAAGUGUAAACAAGGCUGUCUUUGUUAUCUUCAGUUUCAUUUUACUUUCUCUGAGAGGAUUAAUAGUGCGCAGCACGCAUAAUUCAAGUAACCCAAAGCCAUAGAAUGCACCUGCUAAUAAGGCUACUGAGAAUGAGUGAGGGGUUUUGACUUAGUUUUGCAAAUUGGUUUUACUAGAGAGCAUAUAAUUAUGCCAAUAUGGUUAUAAACGAGUCUUUAUCAAUACACUUUGACAUGGAAGUGCCAUUUAUUUCAUGUGUAUCUAUAUAAUGUGUUUACAAAAGUAUACUUGAUAUUAUUUUUUUUCAUAUCCAUUAUUUCCACAAAUAUACAUAUUUGUACAGAAAUGUUUCAAAGAAGUGACAAAUAGGCAAAUAAAAAAAAUAUAUGACAAAGAUAUAUCUUAAAUAAGAAAAUAUAUCUUAAAUAAGAACAGAAAGGGGUUUGUAGCUGAGUGAAAUAUAGUUUAACAUUCUAUGAUUUGUGCUAUUAGGAGGUACAUUUCCUGCAAGCGAUGUGUAAUGUUGGUGAGUAGCCAUGUAAAGCUUCUGGCUGUUGUGUGAGCUAUUGUCAGCUCACACUCCCUUGUCCUCUACACUCGUUUUCUACACGCUCUCAUCUUCUACACUCUGUUGUAUCUUACACUGAGUUUUGUUUUACCUCUUCUUUCUGUUAGAUAUAACCUUGCUUUUCAGUUUGCGCUUACUUUUCUGGACUAAUUGCUAAUUAAUCAUGUUUACUAAUGCUGAGCCAUAUUAUGGAUAGCAAAAGCAAUUUUGUCUGUAACGCUGGUUUUGGAAUGAGUUCUUGGGUGCAACUCAGAAUAUGUUUUUGUGCUGUAUAAAUGUACAGUUGCUUUUAUUGAGUUUUGUAGACAUUUGAGAUAUUUAUGAAAGCUCAACAUUAUACAAUAACCAACCUGUUAAAGGGAAAUUCCACAAAAUCAUGAAAAGUGUAUUUUUAUGUCCCCUAACGAAUUCUUGGCCUGUAUAAACAAUGUUCCUGGCAUGCUUAAUGUUGUCAGUAAUGCUGUCACUACAUUAACUGCUGAACCCCAAUGUUGUUGCAUUGCACAGAAACAUUCUCCAGCUAUUGUUAAUGGUGAAUGAACAGCAGUUGGAUUUCCUCGGGUUUAAUCAACUGUCCUUGUCACCAAGUAUGUCUGCAGAUGUCGCUGUCAUAGAUGAACCACAUACGUUGGCCAUCUCAGAAGGCCACAAACUCAUUAUGCAUUUUGGAUUUGUGUUUACAAUCAGCCAAUGUCAGAAAGAGGAAUCUACCAGGAAAAUGUGAAAAGGUUUUGUACUAGUUCGCAGUGGUCAAUUCUGUUAUAAUGGAAAACACUUUUGUAUUAUUUUUUCUGAUAAACAUAUAAAACAUGUAGAAUCUCAGUGGACUUCACCUUUAACAUGUCUGUGGAUGAGCUUCUAUAAAUCUUUCAUGCUGUAAUCAGGCUCUUCAUAUCCAGUGAAUUUUAAAAAGGCACGUGUGACUGUAAGGGCUAACUCAACAAUGUAUACAGCUCAGAGCGAAUUCAAAUGGGAUUUCAACUGCACUUAAAUGAACAUCUUUAUGAUCCUUAAUGAAUAAUAUAACUACUGUGCAGAUAUAUAAUGUACAUAAUGUAAUAUUCAUGUUUGCAUGAAAAGUCUGUUUUCUACCUUAAGUUCCCAAUCUUACAUUGUUAUUUCCUUUUGAAGUUAAAUGGAGAUGCCUCAAAGUACAAGAGUCCAUUAAAUGUCUGUUAUCUUUUCUCUCAAGCCUGAGCUACUUACCACAUCACUGUCCAUCAAGUCGGGUGUUCAUUUAGAAGCCUUGGGAAGAAAGGAGCUUCCCACAUUGAAUUUCCAUUGGGUUUUAUACUGGACAGUUAAGGCAGGCAGUGCAGGCUUCAGAGAUUCCACCCACUAGAAGCCCUGGUAUUUGUUAUCCAGUACUUUCCAGUUGAAGAUGGAGGUUUCAGAAAGGGUAAAAACCCAAGGCACAACAUUCACUCAGUCAUAAGGCUAUUUAAUAUGGCAAGUUGUGUUGCCACUUCCGCGUGUUUGUGCUUAAGCUUGCCACGCUGCAACAUACAAAGAUAAUGAAUAAAAGGUGCUGAAUGUGACA